AUGACUGAAUUUGUUCAGCCACUCAGUCAAGAAAUUUCUCGUCUUCAAGUUGGAUCAAUGCAUGAUGUUGACAAUUUCGAUACUGAUCGAUUCAGCGGUUCAUUACGAUAUGUUGAUGAUCGUAAUCAUGCUAUUAUUGAAGAAAAUGUCAAAAGAAAAGUUGAUAAAAAAAUGAAGAAAAAAGAAGAAGAAAACGAAAAACGUGCUCAGCGUCAACGCGAAAAAGACGAAAAAAAAGCUCGUGAACAAGAAGAAAAAGAACGUAAAAAAUUAAACAACGAGAAACAAUCCAUAUCAACAAAACGAAUUGUUACUAUGCAACCUAUAAGUAAAUCGAAAGCAAAAAUAAUGAUGUUAGAUGAUAGUGUAGAAUAUGUCGAAUUGGGUAAAGAAGAUUCAGGAAAGAUAUUGUAUAAUCGUGUAUGUGAUUUAAUGCGAUUAGAAGAAAAAGAUUAUUUUGGUUUGACGUUUGUUGAUAAUGAAAAUAAUAAGUGUUGGCUUGAUAAUGAUAAACGAGCACGAGGACAAUUGAAAGGGCAUGAUCCAAUUUUUUAUUUCCAAGUCAAAUUUUAUCCACCAGAGCCAGCUUUACUUCAAGAAGAUAUUACCAGAUAUCAAUUAUGUCUUCAAUUACGGAAGGAUAUCCUAUCCGGAAAAUUGCCAUGUUCAUUUGUGACUUAUGCUUUAUUGGGUUCAUAUACAGCUCAAGCUGAAUUAGGAGAUUAUAGUGAAUUAGAUCAUGGAACAACACAUGAUUAUCUUAAAGAACUCCAAUUUGCACCUAAGCCAGACGAAGAAUUAUUAAAACGUAUUCAUGAACAACAUAAAAGACAUAAAGGCCAACCACCAAAUGCAGCGGACUUACAUUUUCUUGAAAAUGCUAAAAAAUUAGCAAUGUAUGGUGUAGAUAUUCAUCCUGCACAGGAUUCUGAAAGUGUGAAUAUUAAUAUAGGUGUUUCAUCUAAUGGAAUAUUAAUUUAUCGUGAUAAAUUACGUAUAAAUCGUUUUGCUUGGCCAAAAAUAUUAAAAAUAGCUUAUAAACGAAAGUAUUUCUUCAUUAAACUUCGACCAAGUGAUUUUGAUCGAUAUGAAAGUACAAUUGGUUUUAAAUUAUCGACUUAUCGAGCAGCAAAAUGUUUAUGGAAAAUCGCUGUUGAACAUCAUGCUUUCUUCCGUUUACGUCGCCCCGAAGAAUUGCGCAAACGACCAAUUUUACCUAGAUUUAAUUCGACUUUUCGUUACACAGGAACAUAUACGUAUCAUCAAACUCGACAAUUAUUACUUGAUAGACCUAAUCCUGACUUCGAAAGAUCAUUGAGUAAACGAAUGACAAGAAGUCUUGAUGUUGCUGAUGGUGAAACACUGCGAACAUUUCCACGGCCUCAAAGUGUUGAACCAUUUUUCCAAACGCAUCGAAUACCAAUCAUCGAGCAUGACGAAGAUGAAAAUGUACCAACCCCGGGCUAUGCACAUGUGAAAAAGAAACCAGAACGUGCACCGGUUACACCACCGCGAACACCGCAACCAUUAAUGCCACGUGAAGUGAAACCAAAGCGACAAGCUCCACUCGCUGAUUAUGCUAAUUUCCCACCUGAACCACCAGCUCGUCCUGCAAUACCUCGAGAAUCAUCAUCAACGAUGAAUCCUGAUGAUGCUCUUCUGGCAGCUAUUCGCUUAGCAACAGAUCUCGAUCCAAACAAACAAACCGAGCAGAUUGUUAUGGCUAAAAGUUAG